AGUGGCUGUGUCAUUUUGCAUUCCCACCAGCAACAUGUGAGAGUUCCAGUUGCUCUGCCUUCUCCCCAGCACUUGAUCUGAGAGAAGAGUUAAUACCUGGAAUUCGAGUUGAUAAAGAAACCGUUUCUACUUCAAAAAUGUUGGAGGAAGAUAUGGAAGUGGCCAUCAAGAUGGUGGUUGUAGGGAAUGGAGCAGUUGGGAAAUCAAGUAUGAUUCAGAGAUACUGCAAAGGCAUUUUUACAAAAGACUACAAGAAAACCAUUGGAGUUGAUUUUUUGGAGCGACAAAUACAAGUUAAUGAUGAAGAUGUCAGAUUAAUGUUAUGGGAUACCGCAGGUCAAGAGGAAUUUGAUGCUAUAACAAAGGCCUAUUACCGAGGAGCCCAGGCUUGUGUACUUGUGUUUUCUACUACAGACCGGGAGUCUUUCGAAGCAGUCUCCAGCUGGAGAGAAAAAGUAGUAGCUGAAGUCGGAGAGAUACCAACUGUGCUGGUACAAAACAAGAUUGACCUCUUGGAUGAUUCUUGUAUAAAGAACGAGGAAGCUGAGGCACUGGCGAAAAGGUUAAAGUUAAGAUUCUACAGAACAUCAGUGAAAGAAGACCUCAAUGUGAAUGAAGUUUUUAAAUAUUUGGCUGAAAAAUAUCUUCAAAAACUCAAACAACAAGUAGCUGAGGAUCCAGAACUAAGGCAUUCAAGUAGUAACAAAAUUGGUGUCUUCAGUACAUCUGGGGGCAGUCACCUGAUUCAGAGUUCAAGUACCCUCAACGGCGGGGACGUCAUCAAUCUUAGACCUAACAAGGAGAGGACCAAGAAAAACAGGAAUCUGUUUAGCAGCUGUAGCAUACCCUAAAUGUUUAGGGGGGAAAUAAUUGAAUUACAUUCCACAAUUCACUAAGAAACACACCCAGGCGUCACGGUAUGUUCAAGCGUUUUAGCAGACUUAGGCCUGCUGGCUCCCUGACAGUGACACGUUUAACAUUGUGCUUUCCAGAACAUGGAGUGAGACCUCUGGUGGAAAUAUUACUGCGCUGUGGACUCAUUUUAAUUUUUUUUUUAACAUUAGAUGAACCUUGUCCUGUAUUUGAAGGAAUGCUGUGAGAAAUAGCAAAAGCAGGUUUUACUAAAUUGUAAAUGCUGAAAACGUGAAUGAAUGUCUAAAUGUGUUGGUCCAGAUUUUAAUAUUGUGCAUCAAGGAAAGAGCAAGCGUUCUUUUUCUGCAGCCGGCCAUCUAGCUUUUCUGGGAAGUAGUACUGAGCCUGACUACUUACAGAAAAGUCCUCCUGUGUGGUAAACUGCACCCUGCAGACUGCAUCCGUGUGUGCAGGACAGCAUCCCUGUGCAGUGUCUGAAUGCGGGGUGGGCGGACGCAUGCGGAGAGCUGUGUAGAGCACAUGGGAGGCCUGUGCAGGGCUCAGGGAAAUGUAGAUGGUACCGUGUGUGCGAUCAGUUACACACUGUGUGGGUGUAAGCUUUUAUCCUCAAGUAAGGAAUUCCAGCUCUGUAUUUUGCAGAAUGAGCUUCAACUAAAAAGUGCUUCGUGCCAAAAAUAUUAACCUAAUUUUUACAGCGCUUUACUAUCAGAAUUUAUAUUUUUUUCCUCUGUGGCAGAUUCAUAAAAGAGGGCUGUGUAGGUUUUAAGCCAGAGGUCUCUCUGGGAGACGCCCUGUCAGCCCUUUCCCGUGUGGCCGCUGUCAGCACGGAGGCUCGCACCAUCCUCGGACUGCCGUGUCCCUGGAGCUGUGCGGCAGCUCUGUGGCUGCUCAGGACAUUUGUGACAGUGCCUGAGCAGCCAGCACUUCGCCUGCUGACCAACAACUCAUUUUAAGAUUAUGCUAACCAUUUUUUAAAAUGCAUAAACGGUUAUCUUUAGCCCUAAUCCGAACUGUGGAUUUUAUAAUGCCCAGCAACUCUAAAGCAUCCUUUUGUUUACACAUUUUUGUACGGUACUGUAUUUUAAGGUUAUUGCCUAAAAUCUUCUAUUGCCUUUGGUUUGUAUAGCACUUUCUCAAGAGCUCUGGCAGUACUACAUAAAGAAUAAUUUAAGUGAUCUGAUAUGUAAUGACAUAACAGAGCAUGUAUUUUGUGAUUUGGGGCAGUAACCUUCCAAACAGAGGUAAUGAAACUCCAUAAAAACUGAUUACCAACCUAGGCAUAGUAGUGAUCCCAGCACUUGGGAGGCUGAGGCAGGAGGAUCAAGAGCUUAAGGCCGGGCUGGACUGUAUAGCAAAUUCAAGGCCAGUCUGGACCACUUAGUGAGACCCUGUCUCAGAAGCAAACAAUCCCCUAAAACAUCCUGAUUAUCAUUCAUCAUCAUUUAUUAUUUUGUAUUACUGGAGAUUAGCCCCAGGGCCUUCACACUGAGCUGCUCCCUAGCCCUUCGUAUUUGACACAGAGUCUCCUGAAUUGCUCAGGCUUGGCUCAAACUUGUGAUUUUUCUGCCUCAGCCUCCUAGAAUGCUAGGACUACAGGUAUGAGCCUGGCUUAGUAGUUUUAAUGUAUAAAUAACCCCUUUCAGUAUAUCUGGUUUUUAUAAGAUCGCUAAAUACAUAAAAAUAACUUCUUGGAAACUGUGUCAUGAAGUCAUUUUUCAUUAUUUUGUACUAAAUACAUGAGUAUUUUACAUUUC